GUAAUCAUAAAAUUCUAUCAUGUCUAAAGUUCUUGUAAGUUUGGUCACUGGAGCGGCAUCAGGUCUAGGAAAAGCCACUGUUGAACGACUUGUAAAAGAUGGUCACAAAGUAAUUAUGUGUGAUUUACCAACAUCAUUAGGAAAAACUGUGGCAGAAACAAUUGGUUCAAAUACAAAUUUUGUUCCUGUUGACGUUAGAUCAGAAACUGAUGUCCAAAAUGCCAUUGAUACAUGUAAAAAUCUCCACGGAAAAUUAGAUUUAAUUGUUAAUUGUGCUGGUGUUAGUUUAGCACGUAAAGUGUAUAAUUUCAACAAAAGUAGUGCCCAUGAUUUAGAAGAAUUUAUCAAUGUACUUAUGGUAAACACAGUAGGUAGUUUUAAUGUUAUUAGAUUAGGUGUCGCUCUAAUAGGGUCUAAUGAACCUGAUGAAAAUGGACAACGAGGAGUAGUAAUCAAUACGUCUGGAUAUUCAGCUUAUGAUGGACAAACUGGUCAAGUAGCUUUUGCCGCCAGCAAAGGAGCUAUAGCAGCUAUGACAUUACCUCUUGCUCGAGAUAUGGCAUUACAAGGCAUUAGGCAUUGUUCAAUAGCUCCAGGAUUGUUUGAUACCCCAUUAAUAAAUCAUUUACCAAGUAAAGUUAAAAAUUAUUUUGCUGAUAUGACACUUUCUCCCAAAAGAUUUGGAAAACCAGAAGAAUUUGCUGAUCUUGUUGUUAAUAUUUUUAAUAACCCAUUUUUUAAUGGGGAAGUUAUUAGAUUAGAUGGUGGAAUUAGAUUUAUUUAGUUUAAUUUUUUUUUUUUUAUUGAACUUAAAUAUUCAUAUAUUAUCCAAGUGAACUAUUAGUAGUAGUCUAUGAUAGGAAAAUAAAAUUAGUUUAUAUUAUAAUUUUUAAUGUGAUGUUUUUUAUUUAUAUGAAUUAUAGUUAUCUAUUUAAUGGCGUACCAAACAAUAAAUUGUUUUACUUUAAAAUAUUAUAAGCAUUAGUUUUAUAUGUAUAUGACAUUAAUGAACAAAUUAAUUAUCUGUUUAUUAUAAGUAUAAUUAGAACACUUUUAUUGUGUGUUAAUUGCAUUAUAAUGGUCAGGGUUACAAUUGCUUCCACUAAAUUGUAUAAAUGUAUCUUAUAUUCAUUGCCAACUUCUAAACCUAACUAACUAAGAAUUUAAAACAUUGAUGUCAGAAACCAAUUACUCAUGUAAUACAUGAGUAUUUUAUAAAAUUGAUAUACUCUGCAAAAUUAGUAGUGAACUCAUAAAACAUUGUAAAUUAUGUCUUUAAAAACUAUACCAAUGAUUUUAAUAUAGUGAGCUUGUUAGAAAACAUACAUCAAAACUAAAAAGAUAUGAAUAUACUUCACAUGAUGGGUGGGCCACUGGUGAAAAGUUGGAAAAUUAGGAUAUAGAGGAGGAAUUUAAUGUACAUAUCUGUGCAAUGAUUAAUCAUUGCUAUCAAAAAAUGAUUUUGAGUGGUGUUUGGUUAUACGUUUUUUAACCACGUAAUAUUUACAAUUUAAAAAUAAUAAAUUUUGCAAAUUUUCCUAAUUAUUAGGAAAACCUUUAGGAAAAUCUAAAAAUUACCUCUUGAAAGUAUCACCCCUGUCAGAUUUCCUUUAAGAAAAGUGCUACACUUGGAUAUUGGAAUAAAAUAUUUGGUAGAAAAGUUAUUCAGAUAAAAAAAAAAUACUGGUUCAUAUUAGUUAAUUACAUUCCUUAAAGGUAUCUAUACAGAUAUUACUCUUUUAAAGACAUUAAUAACACAUGAACAGCAGAGCUCCACCAAUCAAAAGUCAAACUUUCUCUUACCAAUUAUAUAUUAUAGAAUUAUUAUUUUUUGUUAAACAAACAACUGAAUACUAGAAUAAUUCAAUACUAACUAUAGUUGUCUAUCUAAGUUCAUAUUAACACUAUGCUUGUACAAAUUUCCAUCGUCCUAACUUCAUUCCUGCAGGACUGUAGAACUGUUUACUAAAGAGCCACUAUCCAAAACUAAUGAGAUAAGGAUACAUUUAUAACAGAUACAAUUAGUUGCUAUAUUUGAGGAAAAUUAAAAAAAUAUAUGCAUAUUUAAAAAUACAUGUACAAUUUUUAUUUUUUUAGUAAAGGGUUUUUAACUAUAAAAACAUAAAUAUAUAAAUUUAAUAUAAAGAUACAAAAAAAAAAAAAAUGUAUUUCCCAUUAUUAAUUCAAUCAUAAAUCAGUAAAAAAAAAAAAAAAAUUGAUUAAAUAAUAAUAAUUGCAGUUUCAUAUAUAAAAGGAUAUUUUUUAAUAGAUAGGGUAGAUAUAAUUAAUAUUAAACAAAUUAUUUUGAUAAUCAAUAGAAUGGAUUAUAUUAUUAUUAUUAUUUUUUUUUUUCAUAAACAUGAAUAACAUUGAAAAAUAGAUAUAAAUGCCAUAUUUAUGAAUAUUCACAAAUUAAUAAUUCUAAGUGAAAUAAAAGUCUAAACUAAUGUUAAAAAAUUGAAUAAUAAAAGUUAUAUAAACUUAAUAAUUAUUUCACCUAUUAUUUUGUAUAAAUUAUUAUUUAAUAAUACGUUUUGUAUUUAUAUAUAUAUAUAUAUAUCCUUAAUAAUUUAUGUUAUAUUGUUGAGUAAAAUUGUAUAAUAAAGAAUUUUAGAGCAAGUAAAAGAAACUUUUAAACUUCAUCUUUUUCUUUUGCACCAUGUUUCAAAAUACGUGUGAAUUCUAUGUAAUUGAACAUUCCCUUUGCAAUAGGGGCUUCACGAUACAUUUCAUCAACCUAAAGAUAAAAUAUAUAAAAUUACGGAUUGUAGUUCAAAUAAAAAAAUUAAUUUGUAUAUUAAAUAGGCAUAUAUAUAUAAAAGUUAUACAUACGUCUUCAUCUGUAAAUCUGUCUCCCAUGGUCACUAAAAGCUCUCUAAGCCGUUCUUCAUUAAUAACGCCUUCAUUGUUUUCGUCAAAACAACCAAAGGCGUUCUUUAUUACAUCUUCCGGAUCAGUACCUUGAAGCCUUUCACCAAAUAAUGUCAAAAACAUAGUGAAAUUAAUUGGGCCAGGAGCAUCAUUCAUCAUACCUUCCAAAUAAUCAUCAGUUGGAUCUUUGCCUAAAAAAUAUUUAACAUUCAUAUAAUCAUAAUAUGUUUGUAUAAUCGAUAUUAAUAAAAAGAAGUGUCUGUCUGUCUGCUUGGGAUCCACAUAGGUCUGAAAAUAUACAUUAAUAUGUAAGUCAGCGGUUCCUAAACUGUGCACCACGGUUCUCUAAGAGCACCGUAAGUACUUUCCAGGGGCACCGUGACUAUGGUUUUAGAAUGCCUAUAUUUUAUUAUAUUCAAUAUAAUUAUAAAAAACUGUUUAUAAUUAAUAAUCAGUGUUGAUUUUUUAUUUAUAUUCCUCACAAUACUCACAGGACACCUUGAAUUAAUUAAGUCCAAAAAAGGGCACUGCCGAAAAAAAAAUUUGAGAACCACUAUAUUAUAAGCAAAUAAAUGGUUUCAUGUGAGCCUUGAAGAUCCAUUUUCAAAAUUUAAAGUUUAGCUAUUUAUGAAAUGAAUAUUGAAUUAUUUAAAAAAAUUAUGUGUUACCUUGGCAAUACAGAUAAAAAAAAAAAUUGAGUGUAGUUCGGUUAUAUAUGUUAUAUUUUCAAAUGUUGUAAUAUUUACAAUUUUCUUUAAUGCUUCUUAAUAUCUUAAUACGAUUAUCAAAAAAAACUAGAUACAGUUUAACUUUUUUUUUUUUAUCAUUGAAUGAAUUAAAUAUAAUGAAUCUCAUGUUAAAUUUUUAAGUGGUUCUGUUCAAAUAAUUUUAUCCACACAGUACCUACCUGGCAAAGAAAAACUAUAUAAAAAAAGAGUAGAAAAUGUAAAAUAACUACAAAUAGCUAAACAUUUUUAAAAAUUUAGAAAAAAAUCUUAAGUCUAGUAAAUGCCAAUACAUGUUUUCUUUCCAAUUGUCAAAUCUUAAAUAUAUUGCUAAAUAAAUUACAACAAAAAACAAAAUUAAAAAUAAUGAAAUCACUAUUUUCAUAAAAUUUCUGUGAUCUAUUAUGAUGAAAACUAAUUGGGAAAUAAUAAAAAAAACAACUUACAAAACCAAUAAAUCCCUGCUACCCUCAGAAUUUGAAAAAUAUUAGUUAAUUUGGUUGUUACGGAUAAUAAAAUACUAUUUUUAUAAAUAAAUUACUAGACAACAAUGGCUAACUAUGUCACGGACAGGGAAGCCGUAUUAUGCACGGUCUGUCUUGUGUGAAGAACAAUUUGAAUAAUAUAAUUUACCUAGGGAAGCCAGCAUAUCAUGCAAAUCUUCUUUAUCAAUAAAUCCAUCACGAUUUUGGUCUAUCAAAUUAAAUGCUUCUUUAAAUUCCUGUAUCUGUGCUUGUCCAAACAUGGCAAACACAUUAGACGUAGCGCGCUGCGCCCGUUUCUUUGUGGUAGCCCUCCUCACUGCCGUUUUCCGUGACAUGCUUGAUUCGCUCUAAAAUAAUAAUGAAAUAUAUAUUUUUUAAAUAAAUUUAUUUGGAAAUUUAAUAACUUAUAAAUAAAAACUAAAUUUAACCAACAUAUUAAAUUUAUAUUUAAUUCUGAGUGUAGCGAGGUAUAAAUACCUAUAUAUCUUUCCUUAUAAUUGCCCUCCUAAAAUGAUAGUACACCCAUUAGCAGUAUCAUCAUUUUUUAAAUCAAUUAAUAGAUUCAUAUUAUAUAUUUUGCACAAUAAAUAAGUCAACAAUCUUGGAUAAGACACUAAUUAUCUUGAUAAAUUGAAGAAACAAGCCGCUAUAAAAUGUUGCUAAACAGUUAUUUUCAGUCAUUUUUUUCGGGGGGNGGGGGGGGGGGGGGGGGGUAAACCACAAUUCGCUUUUAGUUUUCAAAUGGCAAUCUAUGUUAAAAAUUGGAUAAUUAGAGUAUUGUUUUAAAUUAACUUUGGUGAUUACAUUUUUUUAUUUUUGUCAACUCAGAGACAAGGUAUUUCUCUUUUAAGUUUAGGUAGGAAGAGAGUAAUGGAACAUUAUUAAAAUGUGACAUUCCGUAAUGUCACACAAAUGAAGCUCCACUAUUAGCUCCCUACCCAAACUUAAAAGUAGAAUAUCUUGUUAAUAUGGAUUGAUGGAAAUCAAACAUUUGAACACCAAAAUUAAUUUAAAUCAAUACUUCAUAUAUUUAUGGAAUUUUAAAUAUAGGUUGCAAUUGAAAAUUAAAGUGGUAAGUGAUUUAAUCCCUAAAAAUAAUGACAAUAUAAUAUUUUAGAGCUGUUUGUUUCAUAAAUUUAAUUAGCCACAAAGGUGUAUGCGAAGAAAAAAUUGAGAUUUUUAGAAUGAAAUUUAAAAGUAAACUAAGUGGUUAUGAGUAUUUGGUAUUAGCUUCUUGAUUUCAUAUAUUUUUGUAGUAGAAUUAGAAUAGUUACACCACCAAACAUGUUGAAUACUCUACUAUUUUUUUGUAUCAAAACUUGGUGUUUUCGAUUAUGUAGAAGACAAAAAUUACGAAUAAUAGAGCCAUAUUUUAUUGGGUAAAAAUGUAAAUUGUUUUAAUUCACUUAUAACUUGUAAGUAACAGAAUAAAAAAUUAAAGUUAACUAUGUAUAAAAUACAUGUUAUGAUACUUACUCAGCAUUAAACAUUUAAAAAUGUUCAUAAAUAAGUUUUAAAGAAUAUACUUUUUAAUAAUACUUUCAAUUAAUUUAUUAUUUACAAAUAAAUUAUUAUUACUUUAAAGCAUUUUUUUAUGUUUUAAAAACAAAAGCUAAAAUGUUGUUCAGUAGUAACUAUAUAGAAUACACAUUCUAUAUUUAUUUACAAUUUCCUAUGUAGAAAAAAAAAUAGGUAGUAAUGUAAUAAUUAUGGCACGUACAUAUAUGUUUACUUAAUAUUAUCCCACUUACGGAAUUUUUUAAUAUGCAACACAUUAAUAUCAGGAAAUAUUUUGACCAUUAGUAGCUAAUCGAUAAAAAGAGAUAAAAAGAAAUGUUUUUACACGUAGAUAAUAAAAUAAAUUAGAGCUAUUAACAAUUUUUAUCUUUCUCAAAGGUACCUAUAAUUAUUUUACUUAAAGAACAAGGUCCUUUUUAAAAUAAAUGUGUAAUAAUGUAAUGACAAUCAAGUAAUGCUUUACUUCGUAUUAUUUCUGAUUGCAUUAUUAAGUAGUAUAGCCUUAUAGGUUUAGGAUUAAAAAUAAAAUUCUUAAAAUUCAGAUCAAAAACACAAAACUGAAACAGAUUUACAAAAUAAAUAACUUGUUAGAUUAGUACUGGAGUAGGUGGAUUGCUCAUGGUGAUUUUUUAAGUCACUAUUUUUGUAGUCGUGGUAAUCAUUUUGUUAAACAAUUUACCUACAUCGGUCAAAUUUUGCAAUAAAUUGUCACUCGAUUUUUAAUUAAAUUGUUUCAAUAUUAAAACUUAAAUAGGAAAAUAAUGUCAAGACAAAAAUGAUUAUAUUAUACAUGUGUAAUAAGGCGACCAACUCGUAUUCUAAUAGAAUCAAAAAAUUGAUGUAUGAAUAGUGUAGAAAACAAUAGAUUCGAUGUAGAAUAAUAAUACAGAAUAAACAACGACAAUGGAAAAACAUAUAGAUAGGUAUAACAAGUUUUCAGUUUGGUUUUAUAUAGAUCUUUUCAUUUUGCUUUAAAUUUCAGAAGCUGUUUAAAUAUAAGUAUCUAUAUUAUUAAAUUAUACUUACAAUUUUGAAGUCUUAAAAAAAACGGAUGGUGGAGAAAAAUGUCUUUUCGUCGGACGGUAGGCCACGUAGCGUAGAAAUAGUUAGUUUAGCGCGUAAGAAGUACGGAAUGCGAAUGGUUGACGUCUUGACGAGUCGAGAGUCGGGAGUCGGGACUAUAGAAUGACGAAAAGAAAAACGGAGUAGGUAAGAUAAGAUGAGUCACGGUAGUAGCGGUUUCUCUACGUUUGUUUGUAAGUAAAAUGACUAAUAAAAUAUUGUUAUUAUGGAAUGCUCCGCCUAGUUGUGGCGUGCGAUAAGGAACACGGAUAACAUGGUAGUUUAUGGAAAAAAUAAUAUGGAACGUCGAGUUUGGAGGACUACAACAAACAGCGUU